AUGAAGACCAAGUCAGGGUCAUACUGGAGGAAGCUGCACAAGGAACUAGCCGACUAUGCUCCUCCUGCGCUCACUUCCCACUAUCUUGAUGCCCGCCCGUCUAAAACAGCACAUGAUGAAACUGACCCGUGGUGGUCAUCAGUCGCAUCAGACCAUCUCUCCGCUGCGAUCAAUACUAAAGCCCUUGUCCAUGUACGGAAUCAUGCCGAGGACUUGGUACAGCUCACGACACCUAAGGUACCCUGUUGUCGCCCACGAGCUGUCUUGGAUGCUGAGAACAUUAAGGGCCUUCUCCUUACCGGCCCUCCAGGGUCAGGAAAGAGCCUUCUCGUCGAUCUCUGGUUCAACUCGCUGCCCACGCGCUACAAGGCUCGCAAGCAUUACAGCCAACUGGUCCUAGAAAUCUACCGUGCCGUGUGGAUAGAAACUCAGCGUCGAAUGGCGAGUAGCUAUCUGGUUGAGGGUGUUCCGCCUACUUCCCCUCAACCAUGGAACAAGGUGGUCCGUGCCCGGUGGCAAGAGCUUAUCGCCUCAGGGUCCCUGCCAGUGAAGUGGGCACGGAAGCCGAACAUGAUAUUGUCUGCGUGGGGCGCUUCUUACAACCCAACCAUCGCCUUCGCGGUAGCACAACGUUUGAUCCUUCGGCACUGGCUCCUUGUCUUCGAUGAGGUACAACUUCUGGACGUUUCGAGCGCCACACUACUUGCGGAUGUCCUCUCUUGGUUCUGGCGAAUGGGAGGUGUCAUCGUCGGCACGUCGAACAAGGUUCCCGAUGAUCUGUAUCGCAACGGCGUUCAACGAGAACGGCUUGAACCAUUCGUCGAAGCAAUGAAGGUCAGAUGCCCCGUAGUGGUCAUGAGAACCAAACAGGACUGGCGAGAAGUCAGGGCAUCGUCGGGAUCAAGCAGGACGUGGUACACAAUGGAGCAUCAAACGGGCUUUGAGCGCAAGCUUGAAGAACUCCGCAAAGGUGAAACUGCUGCGGCUGCAGAAUCAGAUGCCCGCGUUUUGACUGUCUUCGGACGCUCUAUACGUGUCCCGUGGACAGUCGGUGGUAUCUGCAAAUUAUCUUUUGACGAGCUUUGCGAAGAGUCAAUGGGCUCUGCAGAUUAUCUCACGAUCGCAUCUUCAUUCCAUACCGUAGUUAUUACGUCAAUACCCGUCCUAAAGCUGUCGUCCAAAAACCAAGCGCGACGCUUCAUCUCGCUCAUCGAUGCUCUAUACGAAGCGCGAUGUCGCAUCGUUUGUCUUGCAGAAGCCGAGCUGGACAUGCUCCUUUUCCCGGACGCGGUUUCUACUAGCCCUCCCGCCGAUGUCGACAUGCUCCUCGCCGAAGCCGUCGGCGAGACCCGCGACGUCUAUCGGCCCAAUGUAUCGUCAUACGAUGCUCCGAAUAUGGCGGAAGCACCGCCCGCCCGUCAUUCCGCCGUCCCCCUCGAGACGCUCUCGAUGUUCUCGGGCAAGGAGGAGCAGUUUGCGUACAAGCGCGCGUUGUCACGUCUCCACGAGAUGACCAGCGAGGCGUACGCCGCGCAGGAACACUGGAUGCCGCUCCCCGCCUCCCAGCGCAAGUGGGAACAGCCCUCAAACGUCGGCGUCGAGCGGCAGGGUCACUCUGCGGCGACGAGCGCUCCGGGGGUUCGCAGCGACCCUGACUUCGCCGAAGAGGCGGCACACGACCCGGAACACUUCGACCUGCGGCAACGCCCUGAGGCGCCCCGGCUCCGGGACGAACACGUCUGGGGCGUCCGGGACGAUUGGGGAGAACGUGCGAAGGCAUGGGGACGCGGCACAAAGGCGCACAAACCUGUUUCCCGAGAUGAUUCUCAAACAUAG